GUAUGAAUUAAGAAUAGAGUAGAAUCCCUGAUAAAAAUUAACCAAAAAGUGCAUUAAAAAAAGAAAUCAAAAAAGGAAAUUAGAGUAUUUAAGAUCAAAAUAACUUAAGUUAAAAGGUUUGAUAGAAAGGGGCAAGAAAUUAAAUAAGGUUCAAAAUACGAGAUUACAAUCAAUGAUAAAGCCUAAUUCUUCACUCUUAAUAAUGAAGAAAAUGAAAUUGCUAAUUUAGACUUAUCUAAUUCUUCCAAAUAAGAGAAUUCAGAAAGUUAUACUAAAACUUACUAUAGGACCUAAAGAAGUCUAGAACUUAAUUCAAAAGAGGAAGCGUUUUUAAAGAUGCUGAGUUAUAAUUUCGAAAAAAAUAAGAAAAAAGGAAAAAGUAAAGAAUGCUGUAUUAUUUGGUGA